CGCAUCCAACAUCAGCAAUCUGCUCAUUCCCAGGGCAGGGCUACUGUUGGGACAACACAAAAGCCACGAGCACAAAACGAUGAGGUAUAGCUUGGUAUAGCUUGGCAGGUUGGUAUAGCUUGGUUUGGAGUGAGGGACCGUAGAGAUUCCCCAGAUCCCCCAGACAGAUGCUGUGAUACUCUGACUCAAGAAUGUUAAGGGAAAACUUAUGCAGGUAAAACUAACAAGCUUGACUUGGAAGAGCUGGAACUUCAGGAGGCUGGUGGUCCGCGUGAAAAUGGAUUGGCCAAAUCCGCUGCCCUUUGGUCAGCCGUGUUGCAUCGAGCAGCAGAGAGAGGUAGCCGACCUUGCAGCCAUGGAGAAGGGUUCAAUGAGAAGCUUGAUGUGGGAGUCGGACCUGUUGAUGUGGAAGCAACCCGCAGUCACAGGUGCUGUCUUCGGUUGCUUCAACUGCUUCUUCCUCGCUGUUUACACCUGGGACCUGUCGUUGGUGCCAUUUCUUUGCAAUAUCUUCACCCUGGUGCUGAUGGCGGGCGGCGCUGUCAGGUAUGCUGCACCGCAAUCAGCAGACCAUAGCAUCGAGAUUCUCUCGCAGGACGCCAUCAAGGUGGCAGUCGAGAGCAUCUCCAAAGUUCUCAAUGUCGUCUCCCAGAAGGUACGUGAUGUAGUGCUCUGGACCACGGCAGAAGCGACCUUCAUGGCCUUCGGCUUUCUUCAGCUAGUCAGAGUGGCGACGCCGUACUGCAGCUUGCUACCCAUCAUGUGGCUCAUCGGAAAUUUGCUGUUGUCUGUGCCCUAUGCAUGCGAGGCGAAUCGGGAACAGUUGGAAAAACAUUUCAGGCCAUACUUCGACAAGGCCUGGCGCUUCAAGGCGCAGCCGCCCUUUCAGCACCCAUAAUUUUUUUUUGGUGUGGGUCAUUCAGCAGACCAUUUGCGCAUGUAUGUUUGUACAAUUUUGUAUUCCAUUGUAUCACACAUGUAUUUUAUCCAAACAUACCUUUUGCCCACCCCAAACUACUCAUUGAUAAGUGAACGUUGUGCUGUUUGAAACCAGUUUUCGGUUCCGUCAAACAGCUAUUGGCGAAAAUCGAGGCACGGCCUCUUGAGAGGACUGCAGACUGACUUAGUUUUACUUGUUUGGACGUUAUUGUUUUCAGCAAGCGAUCAUCUCAGGAGGAUUUGGUGGCAAAAGUACCCAAGUACACGGACGUGGUGAAAGACUAGGACUCGGUCGAGCUGAAAUGUCUUCUGAGCAGGAUUUGCUUGGCAUUGCUCAUGAGUGCAAGGACGAGGUGCGA